GCAACGCAUCAGCGUCUAUACUGUUCCGUGAGAACAAUGAACACCAGGCAUCUGCUAAUCUCCUGCUGGCUAACUCUCUGCACCUCACUCCCUGGGACUGCGGUUCCCCCCACCAAUGUGACCGGAACUCAGGGACACUCGGUCUCCUUACAUCCUGGGAUCCCAGUCGGACCGGACAUUCCUGAGGUUGAGUGGAGUCGGGUAUGGCCCAGAAACAGGAUUGUGAAGUACUCGAAUGGAAACAUUAACUAUUAUGGUAAUGGGCUGUACAAGAACAGGAUAACCUUUCAUCCUGGGAACGUCAGUCUGGAAAUCCGUGACCUACGGAGAGAGGACUCUGGUGAAUAUGAUGUGAUUUAUACAGCUACAAGUUCAGGAGAUGAAUAUAAAACAAAAGUGCGACUGGAGGUGUACGAGCCCGUGUCAGGAGCAAACAUAACGGUUCAGAACAUCACCAGGACCUGUAACCUCACCCUGACCUGCUCCGUGACCUCUGGCAACCCCACCAGCUUCAGUUGGUGGAGAAGGGGAGAUGUUACAGGAGACAACAGCAGCCAUCACUUCUGGAGACACGGAGAGACGAUACAGAUUCAUUGCACAGCAGAAAUCGGGGAUGUGGUGUACAGGUGUGAGGCCAGCAACCCCAUCAGUGAGGACACUGCACAGGUCCGGCUGGAGAACGUCUGUAAUCUGGACAUAUGUACCCCUAAAACAACAGCGGUGUCAGAUGCAGUGACCCUGGUGAUUGGACUGUCAGUGGCGGGGACCCUCCUGAUCUCUGCUCUCACUGCAAUCUUCACAGUCACAUGGAGGAGAAGACCUGAGGGAACAGAAGUAACUUCAGAGACUGAAAGCAAGUGGAUGUGAUAU